CCUCUUGACAGUUUGCUUUGCGCUCUCAGUCUUAGAGCCAAGACCUGAGAGAGUGUGCAACUAUAAAUGCGAAAAUAGCAGAGAGUAAAUAGAGUUUGGCGAGCCGUGGGUAAGAAGAGCAGACCUGAAGGAGUUCAGGGGAGGAGCAGCAGACCGGACAUUGGAAGCAUGAGAGACAGAGUAAUGUAAAAAACCUAAGAGUGACAUCAGUACAAGAAAAGCUGCUGAUUGAAGUCAGGAUGUCAGUGGCUGUAAGUUCCAAACUGAACAAAACUGUGAGGGACCAGUACCUUAAACUGCCCCAGGACGGGAAGGCACAGGUUACCUACGUGUGGAUUGAUGGCACCGGAGAAAGUCUUCGCUGUAAAACCAGAACCCUGAAAUGUGAACCGAAAACUAUUCAAGAUAUUCCGGAGUGGAACUUUGAUGGCUCCAGUACCUAUCAGUCGGAGGGCUCCAACAGCGACAUGUUUCUGAUUCCGGCUCGCAUGUUUAGGGAUCCCUUCACCCUGGAUCCGAAUAAGCUGGUGCUCUGCGAGGUUCUCAAAUACAAUCGGAAACCAGCAGAGACCAACUUGAGGUACACGUGUAGAGAGACGAUGGACAAGGCGAAGCUCUCUCACCCCUGGUUCGGUUUGGAACAAGAAUACUCUCUGUUAGGAAUCAAUGGGCAUCCUUAUGGUUGGCCUGAAAACGGAUUUCCGGGACCGCAAGGACCCUACUAUUGUGGAGUUGGAGCAGAUAAAGUCUUUGGUAGAGAUAUAGUGGAAGCUCACUAUAAAGCAUGCCUCUAUGCUGGAGUGAAGAUAUCAGGCACCAAUGCUGAAGUCAUGCCAUCACAGUGGGAAUUUCAAGUGGGGCCAUGUGAAGGGAUUGAAAUGGGGGAUCAUUUGUGGCUUGCCAGAUACAUCCUUCAUCGCAUUUGUGAAGACUUUGGAGUUGUGGCUACAUUGGAUCCAAAACCAAUAACUGGAAACUGGAAUGGAGCUGGAUGUCAUGCUAACUUCAGCACAGAAGUUAUGAGAAAGGAAGGAGGGCUCAAGCACAUUGAAGAAGCAAUUGAAAAGCUGAGUAAGAGGCACGAAUACCACAUCCAUGUGUAUGAUCCAAAAGGAGGGCAGGAUAAUUCCAGAAGGCUAACUGGAAAGCACGAAACAUCAAGUAUCCAUGACUUCUCUGCUGGAGUAGCAAACCGUGGGGCUAGCAUUAGAAUUCCCCGUCAAGUUGGACAAGAUGGUUUUGGGUACUUCGAGGACAGAAGACCAGCUGCAAACUGUGACCCUUAUGCUGUUACUGAAGCUCUGGUCAGGACCUGUGUCCUAAAUGAAACUGGGAAUUAGCUAAAAUGUUGCACUCAAUGGGCUCUACAAUACCUACAAGGUUCAGUGGUAUUUUAUCUAAUCCAAAAUAGUUCUUUUGUCAAUGUAUCUUAAAAGACUUGGAUAACUUUUUUUUAACCACCUACUUGAAUGGUGAUAGUCAUUUAAUACUUGAUCUAUUUGGAAACCUGAUUGCACCUGUUUGUGAACAUAAAGAACAUUAAAUAUUCUUAAUUGAUCAAUGGAAAAUAUUAUCAAACUUGAGUUUGCAUGGGAGCUGGAAUUCUCUUAUGUAAUUUUCUGAUACCUGUUUUUUCCUAAGACUAAGUUUAAAUCUCCUCUAGGAAACUUAUGUUUUCAUGAUGAUGCUAGAAGAGUUCUUGUUUUUACUUGUAUUGAAGUCACUAACUUGCACAAGAUAAUUAUUUUGUAUUUUAAGCGGAAUAGUUCAUGUUUAUUGUGAUAAUUCAUGUAUGGAAUAAACCUUUUUGGGCCAGA